AUGACCUACGAAAAUGUUGAUCCACAAAGGUUGUACAACAAUCCGAAUGGCCAAAUAUUCUUAAAAACAAAACUAUUGGAACGGGCUGACCACAUUCGGCGGGCUGAUAGGAGUCCUGAUCAGAUACCCAACAAAAAAGCGGCCAAUAUGAAGAAGACCUUGUCAGCGGUGAUCGGAUAG